GUUCGUCCGUUUGCAUGGCGUGGUUGUGAUGUGAGUGUCUCAUGUAUGUGAGGUGUGGUGCAUUUGUGCAUUUAAGCUCAAGACACAUUUCACACACAGAGAGGAGGGACAGUUUCUUUGUGUCUGUUAUCGCGCCACUCGGUUGACCGAAUAUGUGUGUUCAAGUCAUUAGUCUCUUAAAAGUCUCCCACCACCACAACGAAUUGUAUGCCCACUUUCCGAGCCCCAUCCCAGCCCAUCCUGAGUUGUCGCAUCACACCACACGCACACACAACACCAUCCCACGCACGGACGACACAUAAACACAUCACCACUUCAAUCGUUCGAUCCACCAAUCGCGUCGCAUCACUCUCGCUUCAAAAUUGGUGCAGCACAUAUGCAGAGAUAGAUGGCAUCCAUCCAGCAGGGUCGGGCUGUUGUCUCCCUCCCGCUGCCAAGGUUGCCGGUCCAUGCACUGCUUGCUGUCUGUCUUUCUGCCGGAUCUGUGACUGACGAACGACACUAACCACCCGUCGUUGUGUGAUUCAGGUGGGUCGGAAAGAGAGAGAGAACCGAUCCAUGAGAAGCGGAGAGAGAACACUCACUCACUCACAGCCACCACACACAACACACUCACACAACACACACACACACGGAUGUUCCCACGCAAUCAGAGAGAGGGAGAGAGAGAGCUAGUCGGUCAGUCGGUCGGCGGGGGCACUCAUGCCAUUCAUUCCACUCAUUCCUUCGUAUAAAGGCCGCACGCAACGCAUCAAGAUACGCAAAACAGACAGGCAGACAGGCAGGCAGGCUUCAUUUCAAACAGACCAAAGAGAAACCAAUCCAAUCCAAGCCACACACGGAGAGAGUUAGGCGAAUUGCACUGCACCACACACCACACGUAGGCAAGCCACACUCAUGAGCGAGCAGCCCAGCCCCCACCUGCACUCACGACGGUGUCACGUGACGAAGGCACCGCGUGUGUGGGUGGGGGGCCUGCUUAUGUGUAGGCCUUCCAGACUCCCCGCCCACAGCCCAUGCAUCACAAACAGGGCCACCAGCAGCGACACAAGCCACGACAGAGAACGAAAGAAACAUUGCACACGUCCAGCAACACCAUAGCCGAGGGCGAGGUGCUUCCUCUCGCCACGCCAGCCACGACGCCGCCUGUCCCUGUGCCGUGUUUCCGCCUUCUCCCUCAGGCCCGCCUCGCUUCUCUGAUGAUGCCCAUUUCCAUCGCAACGACAACAUCCACAACACGCAAGCACCGCCUCUCUCCUGACAGCCCCCCUCGUGUGUGUGGUGGUGGUGUGAGUGAGUGGGAGAGGGGAUGGCUGUCGGGUGCCAUCGAGUGGGGUUCAUUUGCCCUUCUUCUGGGCGGCCUUGGUGACCUUGCCGGAAGUGGCCUCCUUCUUGGACACCUCCUUGAUGACACCCACGGCCACCGUCACGCGCAUGUCGCGCACGGCGAAACGUCCCAGGGGCGGGUAGUCCUGAUACAAACAGAGAUUGAUGGGAUGGUCGGUGUAUCUGGUCUGGUGGUGGUUUGGUUGGGGUGCUUACCGAGAAGGACUCGACGCACAUGGGCUUCUGGGGGAUGAGCUGCACCAUGGCGGCGUCGCCCGACUUGACGGCCUUGGGCUCCUUCUCCAGCUCCUUGCCUGCACAUAACCACACGGAAACACACACGUGGUCAUGUGACUGGCGCUGGUGCAUGGUGUGUGAGGCGGCUAGCUGACUGACCCGAUCGGCGGUCCAUCUUGGCGCGGAUCUCAGCGAACUUGCAGGCGAUGUGGGCCGUGUGGCAGUCCAGCACGGGCGCAUAGCCGUUCUUGAUCUCACCGGGGUGGUUCAGAAUGAUGACCUGCACAACACACAACCCAAUACACCGCACAUCAGCAACACCCACACGCCCUCACAAGAAUGGCCGACACGACACGUACCUGAGCGACGAAGUACUCGCAGCCCAUGGCGGGGUCGUUCUUGGAGUCGGAGGCAACGUAGCCCCGCUUGAGCUCCUUGACCGACACGUUCUUGACGUUGAAGCCAACGUUGUCGCCGGGGGCAGCCUCGGGCAGAGACUCGUGGUGCAUCUCAACCGACUUGACCUCAGUCGUCAGGUUCACAGGGGCGAACGUCACAACCUGAUAGACACACACACACACACACAGAUGGAUGGGUUUGUGCAUGGAGAGGGAGGGAGGGAGGGAGGGGCAGUGAUUACCAUGCCGGGUUUGAGGACACCGGUUUCGACACGUCCGACGGGGACGGUGCCGAUACCGCCGAUCUUGUACACGUCCUGGAGCGGCAGCCGGAGGGGCUUGUCGGACGGACGCUUGGGCGCCUGCACCUGGUUCAACGCCUCAAGCAGAGUCGGACCUGACAAACCAAACCACCACAACACACCAACCAGACCAGACAAGGCAGGUGUAUGUGUGUGUGCAUGUGGCAGAUCGUGUGUGUGUCGGUGUGUGUUGUAUGGCUGACGGUUCGAGUCACUUACCCUUGUACCAGGACAUGUUGGUGGAAGCCUCGAUCAUGUUGUCGCCGUUCCAGCCGGAGAUGGGGACGAAGGGCACCUUGUCAGGGUUGUAGCCGACCUUCUUGAGGAAACCUGACACCUCCUUCUUGAUCUCAUCGUAACGGUCCUGCUUGUACCUGACCGACACGACACAGACAACACACACGACACGAACACCAUGUUGUGUCGCCUUGUCGUGUCUCUCUGUGUGUGGGAGGGGGGAGGGAGAGGGGGAGUGGGUGACGGUUGCGUGCGGUGCGUACCCGACAGAUUUGUCGUCCAUCUUGUUGACGCCGACGAUCAUCUGCUUGACGCCCAGCGUGAAAGCCAGCAGGGCGUGCUCACGGGUCUGACCUGCAGGACAUCACACACCAGACAGACAGAGGACAUGUGUGUGGUGUGCAUCAGCACACGGAGCCACAGAUCUCUCAUCUCAUCCACACAACACAACACACACGCUCCAGACGCCUGUGUCUGACACGUCUGGCUACACAUGCACCUCUGGCUGCCCCAGAUCUGCCUCCCUCCCCCCACACGCACGUAGAUCUGCCUCCCCCGUCCCUUCCCCUCUCUCCCGUGUCCACCCUGUGUGUCCGCUGUCCGUCCGUACCUUCCUUGGCGAUACCGGCCUCGAACUCUCCCUGUCCCGAAGCGACGAUGAGGAUGGCCACGUCAGCUUGUGACGUCCCCGUGAUCAUGUUCUUGAUGAAGUCGCGAUGGCCCGGUGCGUCGAUGAUGGUGAAGUAGAACUUGUCGCUCUCGAACUUCCACAGGGCGAUGUCGAUGGUGAUGCCUCUCUCGCGCUCGGCCUUGAGCUUGUCGAGCACCCAGGCGUACUUGAACGACCCCUUGCCCAUCUCAGCUGCCUCCUUCUCGAACUUCUCGAUGGUUCGCUUGUCGAUGCCGCCGCACUUGUAGAUCAGGUGGCCGGUGGUGGUGGACUUGCCGGCAUCGACGUGACCGAUCACCACCAGGUUGAUGUGCUGCUUCUCCUUCCCCAUGGCGACAAGAGAUCACUG